AUGUUACUACUCCCACCUACUCAUACACUUGACGCAAGCAGCAAUCUGACUGUAACAGAUAGGAAAAGUCUAAAAAAGUUGAAACAAAAACUGAUGAUACGCCUGAGCGAGCUUCAGCCCUUCGGAGAUCCUAUCACGACUUAUCCCACCCCAACAAGUGACCAGGCACAGUAUUUGACACCGCAUGAGCCUGAGGCCGCUUUUUUCCCAGAGAGACUCCGUGCAUCAAGUUCGGCACAAUCAUGCCCGCUGAAUGGGUCAAGCGGAUCGGAAAUGGCUUCCGAAGACCACGGCGACAUGAGUUUCGACAGUUCAUCUGAAGACUCGAGUGAGGAUGAGACAGGGGACGAAAUGUCAGAGUACAAGGUCCUAGAGAACAAAGGCCCCGAGGAGGAAAAUGGGACAGGAGACGACAGUUCCAGUCAACAGACGAAAAAUGACUCUAAUAAUGGAGGCAAGGCCGCACUAGCUGGUGACAUGGCUGUUCCAUUAAAUUCUUUGCCCUCGAGAACUUCGUCUUCGAUGUCUCGAACAGGAGAAGAUGAAGCUAUUAUGUCAACAUCUCAUGUUUCUCUGCCAGAAGGCGUUGAAAAAGCCGUCUCAGUGAGCCCCAUGCACUUGAAGGAUCUAUCGUCAAUCUCUGGGAAUGCCGUUCCGAUGGACCCUAGGUCCUCGCAAAAAGCCCCCGAGCUGGAUAUGCGCAUAUCACACCCGAGAUGUCCCCCGCGGGAAGGAUGCAAUACGCUCUUUGAGAAUGAGAAUUUACGUCCCCGUGCAUAUAAACGGCGGCAAUCGAUCAAUAUAUCGGAAGCACGGAGAAGGCCGCGAAGGUCCGAUCACAAGUCCGACCAUCAAGAGAGAUCGGUGGCUGCUGCGUGGAUGAAAGCUCAUUUACACGAAAACUGGAACCAAUCGAGAUUCGUCAGAGAAUAUCGCGCUAAUUUUGGCCGAAGCCGAACUUAUAUAACCCUGAAGAGAUGGAUGGACGAGGAAGAGGGCUCUCAAGCGAAGAACCGUAUUGUGGUAUUGAAAGUUCCGGUUGCAUGUCUGCGUGAGACAUUAUCGAAUGACAAUUCUUCGUCGCCAGCCCCGGGUCUUUCGAAUGGUAAGCUGUGUGUGCCAUCAACCUUUCAGAACGGGGCCCCCGAGAAGCCAAAAAGUCGCUGGGACGUAGCCCCUAUCAAGAUAGAAAGUGGUCUUCCGAACUUGCUAGACUGA